UUCAGUGGUUUACCGUUAUGGGCAAGUAAUUUGAUCGGAAAUUCAUUUGUUGAUGCGCACGCAACAGACCUGCAAACGGCAUCGAAAGCAUUUGUUGAUGACGUUUAUGAGGCAAUCGAUGCAUCGACAUGGUGCCGCGAGGUUAUCAAAGCCCUCGAUUUGCACAUGCAUAAAAUUGCGAGUGGUGAAAUCGCUCUUCCUGAAAAACCGUCACUCUGGGAACAAUAUCCAUUCUCGUAUUGUGCACAAAAAAAUCGUCGACCUAAAAUGGAGGAUAAAGCAGCCAUUUUUCCAUCGUUAUGUGUAGCCGAGCCAAAAAUGUUUUUUCCAAUAUUUUGA